GCAGACUCCUGUCGGCUGCUGGAGGAGAGACGGGCUCGUCUCAGACUGGAAGGAACUCGAGCUCCGUUGUGUUGUCCACGGCAGCCGACACACGUUAUCGCUGUCGUUAUUGUUUCUCAGCAGAGGGAAUCGUGGAUUCUAACGGGUCGUUCUGCAGGUAUGUCGAAACUAAAGCUAAUAUCUGCAGCAGACACUCAGUACCCAGCAUCACUGUUGAGGUCCAUCAAUGAUGAGCGACACAGCGGUUUAUUCUGUGAUGUCUCCAUAAUCGUGCAAGACCGCAAGUUCAAGGCGCACAAAUGCGUGCUGUCUGCCUCCAGUACCUAUUUCCAUCAGCUUUUCUCAGUUGCUGGACAAGUUAUAGAGCUGAACUUCAUCAAGGCAGACAUAUUCGAUGUGAUCUUGAAUUACAUAUACACGUCUAAAAUCUACAGAGUUCGAUCAGACAGACUUGAGGAUCUCAUCAGCGCCGGUCAGGCUUUGGGCGUGACGUUCAUAGCCAAUUUAGGAACGCCGCUCGCCCAAGUCAAAGGAUUACCGGGCCUGUCCAAAGAAAGUGACAACAACAGCAUCAGCUCCUCUGAGAAGAAUGAGACCGGAGGUGAGAAUAUGCCAAUCAUUACUGAGACGUUCUCACUGUCUGCUGAAGAAUUCAACAUGGCGUGCGGUAAUACGGAAAAGGAAGUGGACUCGGACAGCGAUGAUGUUCUUUUCGUCUCAAAAACAGAGGCUCCUCAAGCUCAGAAGACCAAGAUAUCAGAUGUUAAUGACAAAGCAGGAGGGCCAGAGGCUAAAAAACAAAAAAGUCAGAUAGGCCUCGCGCUGCCGCCGAACCAGGAAGGAGAGUUGAAUUGA